AUGCCUUCUUCCGUAACUUCUUCGACAUCAUCCUCAAACGAUGAUUCUGGCAGUGACGCCCCAUUGUCUCCGGGAUCUGUUUCUACAGUCUCUUCAGCAGGAAGCUACGACCCUUCCAUCGAUCUCUCCAAACUCAACAUCUCUCCUUCGAGCUCUUCCCCCGUGCCAAAUAGCUCAAUCACCCCUAUAAGGGACCAAUGGCGUAUUUCACCUCAUCGUCUUCGUCUCUCCUCCUGUCCAUGUACCAGCCUCAAAGCCAAGAAAUUCCAAACGAUGGUCACAGCAGAGGAUUACCUGAAGUUCAAUAUGGACAGAUUCGACAAGCUUCUCACUCGACUUUGUAAAAUUUCCAAUAUCCCACCGAUAACCCAGAAUGUAGGGUUGGUCUUGAGGGGUCUAAGGGAAAGGGGAUAUGAAUUAUUUCAUUUUGUAGGUAGAACACUGACUCAAGAGGAAAGUGGGAAUGGAAGGAGUGGAAUGAGUAUAUGUCUUAUGGUUCCUGAUCCGAAUGAUACACUUGUGGGUCAUAAGAUAUUAGCUGAGAUACUUAUACAAUCCCGGAAAAUAGGGAAGGGAAAAGAGCAAUAUGAGACCGCAAGUAGAUUCUAUGAAGAUUAUACAGAUUGGAUCCUUAUCCAACCUUACGAAUACCUAUCUGAUACUAGAAUACGGAAGUUCGAAUAUGUUAUACCUGAUAAGACAGAAAAUAAAUCUCGGGAAACAAUAAUCAACGAUUUACUUUCCAAAAUACGUCAUGUGUAUUCUGGUCUGACUUUCCAUGCUGGAGAGAUCAUACCCGUUAUUACGAGGACGACUAAAGAGUUGAUGGAAGAUGGACGGAGAGUAUAUGCUUUUGAGAUGGAAUUAGUUUAUAGGAAAUCUUCGACCGAUAGGUAUAUAAAGAUGAUUAGGAUUGGAUUGAAAGUCUUCCCCAGUCAAAUGAACAAAAGUAAUUCGGUGUCUUCGUCAAAGGCUAAGAAAGAAGAGAAGAUUGGAGCGAUUAUACUGUUAGAACUUAGGGAUGAUAAGAUCAAGAAUACUUUAGUCAUGUAUAAGGAUGAUUGGCCGGUAUUUCAUUCUUAUAGGGAUGUUAUACCACCUCCGGAUCUGAGUGGAUUAGAGAGACUGAUAGAACAUUAG